AUGGAGAGUUUCGAAGAAAUGCAAAGUCGCCAUCGCAAAGAGCAAAAGGAUUUGCAGGGACGCAUAACACAAAAGAAGAAAGGCGCAACGAAGAAGACUCGGAAAGGUGUGAACAGCGAAUGCGAGGAAUUGGAACGACAAUUGAGAGAACGACAAGCUCAAGAAAUAGCAUCAAUGAAUGGGGAUUCUGUUCCGGAUAUUGACAAUUUUCCCGAGCUUGACGAGGAAGCUUCAGAAACAUCGGCAAAUGCGGUUGAUGCAAGUGAAGUUAACAAUAUUACCGACUCAUUAGAGAAAUCUUCGAUUGCGGAAACGGUAGAAUCUGAAGCAGGACAGCCUAAGAAACGCAAUCGACAAAAAGAAAGACUUGCAAGAAGGGCAGCGGAGCAAGAGGCUGCUGUAGAAGAAGCUAGAAAAGAGGCUGCGAAUAUGCCUGAUGAAAAAGAAGUAGAAAGGAAACGAAUGCAGGAGGAAUUUACUUCGCGAAACUUACAUGAGAAACAAAUUAGACCCGACGGACAUUGUCUCUUCUCUGCCGUAGCCGAUCAACUAUCACAAGCCGGGAUACCUCUUGGAGCCGAGGCGGAAGGAUUGAAGGAUGAUCAGCGAUACAAAGUGGUUCGCAAAGCUGCCGCAACAUAUAUUGAGGGACACCCAGAUGAUUUUGUUCCAUUCCUAGAUGAGCCUCUCGAGAAUUAUGUCCAUAAAAUUAGAGACACUGCGGAAUGGGGUGGUCACUUGGAACUUCUCGCUCUGGCAAAAACAUACAAUGUUGAAAUUUGUGUGUUACAAAAUGGAGCAACGCAAAAGAUUGAGCCUGGGACCGAGAACAAAGCAGAGACAAUUUAUCUAGCAUACUACCGACACGGAUUUGGUUUGGGCGAACACUACAAUUCACUUCGGAGAGCACCAUAA